AUGUACAAAAGAACAUUAACGAUGAAUUGGGAUGGCUUGGGAGAAGAUGAUGAUGAUGAUGAUCAAUUCUUCGAAUCCCAUGAUAGGAUAUCAUCAGUUGUUCCUCUAGAUUUGGUGUCCUCAGGAUCAGAUAAUGAUGAAGAAUUUGAAGACAGCCGUCUUUCUUUUGCUUCUUGCAUUUCAUCAAAGUCCUAUGUUCCCAUCAAUAAUUUUCGUGAUUUUGAAGUGGCAACGAAUUCUGCUCCCGUGUUGGAAGAUUAUGGCAUGUGGAUGGCUGAGCCAGGAGAUAUCAAGGAGCGCCGUAAGCGCCUUUUUCACGGAAUGGGGUUGUCAAGCAACAAGAAUCUUCUCAAAAUUGCUAGUGCUAAGAUUGUCCAAACGACUUCCAGAAAAAUUGAUACUGGUCAGGUUUCUACAAGAAAGUUUGAAUUUUCUUCUCCUUUGAAAGAUGAAACAAAGCAAGAAACUCCAGAUUCAACUCCAAUUCUGUUGGUGAGAUCAAGAUCAGAUGGGGAUAUUGAAGCAUUUUCUGCAAAUACUAAGAAAAGAAAAGAAGAAUUAAUUGGUCCAGUCUCUAAACAACGCCUCACUAGAACAUUAUCCGUACUAAUAACAGCCCAUUCAGGUUUAUAUCCUUAUGCACAUCCUGUCAGAGUAUCUUCUACAAAAAUGGUAUGUAAAUCUUCUAAUGGUGGGCUACUAUCAUCCAUAUUUCCCGACAGUGGCUUUGGCUCAUUCUUUUUGAUAAAAAAUUUAGACACUGGAAAGGAGUUUAUUGUUAAAGAGUCCAACGAACAAGGGAUGUGGAAUAAGCUCAGUGAUGUUCAAACUGGAAAGCAGCUUACCAUGGAGGAAUUUGAGAAAUCCGUGGGAUAUUCUCCUGUUGUGAAAGAGUUGAUGCGCCGUGAAAAUUUCUCAAAAAAUAUAGAUGAUGAGAGCAAAAGAAUUUCAGCAAAUUCAUAUAUUAGUAAAAGCUUCAGAUAUAGCAAAAGAAGGGGCGCUGCUCUUUUAAAGAACAUUAAAUUAGGAGUAGCAAAUUCUAUGAGUGGAUUAAAGGUUGAUAAAGAAAGAGAGUGUCCUUCAAUUGUGGACCAGAAAACUAGCAAGAAUUCCUCCCAAUGGGUUAAAGUGCAUCAGACUGGAAAAUCAUACAAGGAAUAUACAGCUUUGCAUCUAUGUCAAGAAAUUCAAGCACAUGAGGGAUCUAUAUGGACCAUGAAGUUUAGCACAGAUUCACAUUACCUUGCGAGUGCAGGAGAAGAUAGAGUAAUCCAUGUAUGGGAAGUACAAGAAUGUGAAGUUAUGUCGACGAAACCACUUGAUGAUGUGAAAUCUAUCAAUAGCACACCUGUUCAUCCAAUGUUUUCAAAUGUUACAGAUAGGCCUCCUCUAGCUGAAAUUACUCCCAUGCCAUCAGAAAAGAGGAAAAAGGGAAAAAGUGUAAAUAAAAAAAAGAGUAACUCCAUCCCUGAUUAUGCUCACGUACCAGAAACCGUGUUUGCGCUUUCAGAGAAACCAACAUGCACUUUCAGUGGUCACCUAGAUGAUGUUUUAGAUCUUUCUUGGUCAAGAUAUCAGCAAUUGCUUUCAUCAUCAAUGGACAAGACUGUAAGACUUUGGGACAUGGAAACAAAAAGUUGUUUAAAAAUGUUUGCACACAAUGAUUAUGUUACAUGCAUAGACUUCAAUCCAGUAGAUGAUGAUUAUUUCAUCAGUGGUUCCCUAGAUGCAAAGGUUCGUAUAUGGAAUGUAUCUGACCGUCAAGUGGUGGACUGGAUUGAUAUUCAUGAAAUGGUCACCGCUGCUUGCUAUACUCCUGAUGGCCAGGGUGCCAUAAUUGGUUCUCAUAAGGGAAGUUGUCGAUCCUACAAUAUUACCGAUUACAAAUUAGAGCAGAAUGGUCAAAUUCAACUCCAGAACAAGAAAAAAUCUCAAUUUAAAAAGGUCACUGGUCUCCAGUUUGCUCCAUGGAAUCCAACUGAAUUAUUGGUUAGUUCUGCUGAUUCUCGGAUUCAGAUCUUAGAUGGAUUAGCUGUCACUCAUAAAUUCAAAGGUUUCCGAAACACUAAUAGUCAAAUUCCAGCUGCAUACAGUCCUGAUGGAAAGUACGUAAUAAGUGCAAGCGAAGAUAGUCAAGUCUAUAUUUGGAAGCGCCAAGAUCUAAAAGGCAAGAGUAAGGUUACCAUCCAAUCUCAUGAGCAUUUUCAAUGUAGAGAUGUCUCGGUUGCAAUCCCAUGGUCAGGUACCAUAAAGCAGGAGCCACCAUUGGUUGAAAUACAUUCAAAAAGGCAUUCGAAACGCAGUACUCUACCUCCAAAAUCUCCUGCACGCUCUCCUACCAAAGAAGAAAGUAGUAAGAGGCAUUUGCCACCUCUUCCCAAGAAAAGAGAUGAUGACAACACUAACAACAACAACAUGCUAGAAAGAUCCACUAGCUGCGGAGAUGAUAAUUUUUCUAAUUCCUCUCGUAUAGAUUCAGGAAUUGGUAUUAGUGAAUCAUUUACAUCAGCUUGUCCAUCAAUUAAAUAUGGUGAUUCGCCUUCCAUUUCAGCUUCUAGCUCUUCAAAUUCUCAAUAUUGGUCCUCCUCGUGGUCUCCCUUUGAUUUGGGAAACAGUAAUGGAAGUCAUACUGUUCAAGCCACUGCUUGGGGUGCAGUCAUUGUGGCAGCAACUCUUGGAGGUGAAAUUAGAGUCUACCAAAAUUUUGGGUUGCCUGUUAAGGUUGGUCGUCAGACUAAUCUCUUUAGAGACCUCACAUAA